AUGGGUCCUCUACUCUCAAUCCUUCUCUAUGGACUUCUGUGCACCCAAACACAAGGGUCUCGAGUGCGUCAAGAAGACUCCCCCCCUCGCAUCGUGGAGCACCCCUCUGACCUGAUUGUGUCCAAAGGGGAACCAGCCACACUAAACUGUAAGGCAGAGGGACGUCCCACGCCCACGGUGGAAUGGUACAAAGAUGGGGAGCGCGUGGAGACCGACCGCGAGAAUUCACGCUCACAUCGAAUGCUGCUGCCCAGUGGCUCGCUCUUCUUCCUCCGCAUCGUCCACGGCCGCCGCAGCAAACCUGACGAUGGCACUUACGUAUGUGUCGCUCGCAACUAUCUGGGGGAGGCCGUGAGCCGCAACGCAUCCCUGGAAGUGGCAUGUAAGUCUUUGUCCCUGGGCAACAAGUGA